AUAUCAACAAAAAACAACGUCAUAUCCAAUGAUUUACUUUGCAUAUUCCUCCCCUCUAUCUACCAUAAAACCUCUCUUUUCUAACUCUAGCUUCUCAUCUUCAUCAUCUUCAACUCUCUCUCCCUCUCUCUGCUGCUCAAGCAAGUUCAUCAAUGGCAACAAACAAUGAAGUUGUUUGGGAAGUGCCCAGUUAUCUACGUGUAUACAAAGAUGGGCAUGUAGAGAGGCUAGCACACCCAGGGCCUGAUUUCGUACCUGCAACUUAUGAUCCUAUAAAUGAAGUUUCUUCUAAAGAUAUAAUCAUUGAACCGAACACUGGUGUUUCAGCUCGUCUUUAUCUACCAAAACGAGUAGAAAACAAGCCGGAAAAGAGAUUCCCAGUUCUUGUUUAUUAUCAUGGUGGUGGGUUCUUUGUAGGAAGUGCUUUCUCUUCAUGGAAUCAAAACAAUCUCAACUUACUCUCAUCCAAAGCCAACAUAAUCAUAGUGUCAGUGGAGUAUAGGUUAGCACCAGAGCAUCCUCUUCCAACUGGAUAUGAAGAUUCAUGGCAGGCACUUCAAUGGGUGAUCUCAGAGACUAAUAAUGAUGAGGCGUGGUUACAAAACCAUGCAGACUUUGGACGUGUUUUUGUGAGUGGAGAUAGUGCAGGAGGGAACAUAGCUCAUCACAUGGUGAUGAGGAUUGGGUCCAGUGAAGGGAUGAAGGUGAUCAAAGGGAUGGUUUUGGUGCACCCUUAUUUUUGGGGAGUUGAGAGGUUGGAGUGUGAGAUUGAAAAGGCUGGAAAUGAAUCCUCAAAAGUAUUAACUGUAGAUUCACUGGAUAAGAUAUGGCCAUCUGUGUGUCCUGGGACAAGUGGGAAUGAUGAUGAUAGGAUUAACCCUUUUGUGGAUGGUGCCCCUUCACUUGCAGGGUUGGGUUGUGAGAAGGUUAUGGUUUGUGUGGCUGCUAAAGACUUGUUGAGUGGAAGGGGUAAGAUUUAUUAUGAGAAGCUGAAGAGUAGCGGAUGGAAAGGAAUAAUGGUUGAGCUUUUAGAAUCUCAUGGAGAAGACCAUUGUUUUCAUCUCUUUAAUCCUGGUUGUGAUAAAGCUUUGGAGAUGAUGAAGUGUUUGGUUGGUUUCUUUAACUAAUGCUGCAAUUACAUGCAUAAAUAUCUUGGGUGAAAGUUUUAUGUGUAAUACUAUCAUAGUUAAUUUAUCAUAAUGAAUUUGUCUUUAA